GUCUAACUAUUUCGUCUGCUAUCUUUAUUGUCAGCGAGAAAGACUAUAUUUUGGGGGUCCAAAUUCUAAAUAUGGCCUCCUUUACUAGAAUUAGGGCAUGUGAUUAUCUUUUUCACCUAAAUGUAUUUAGAAGUUCAUUUAAGAAAAAUGGGAACCUAAGUAUAUUGGGGUUCCAUUCUUCAGCUCCAAAACAUGUUAUUGAGUUGAAAAUGCCUUCUCUGUCUCCGACCAUGACUUCGGGCACAAUCGUAAAUUGGCACAAAAAAGAGGGAGAAACUGUAAGCCCAGGAGAUGUUUUGUGUGAAAUUCAAACUGACAAGGCUGUUAUGGCCUUUGAAACAGAAGAAGAAGGAGUCCUCGCAAAAAUAUAUGUCGGAGAUGAUUCCAGUGAUGUACAAGUUGGUUCUCUGAUUGCACUUUUAGCUGAGUCUGGAGAAGACUGGAAAAAUGUAAAAAGUUCUGAAACACCAAAAAUCUCUAGUGAAGCAACACAAAAAUCUGAAGAAUCAAAAAAUGUUAUUGCAGUUUCUCAUCAACCGGAAGGAAAUUCAAAAAAAUCAAUGAUCAUGGGCCCUGCUGUCCGAGGAUUGCUGCAAAGAUAUGGACUUUCUCCCAAUAACAUACUUGCAUCUGGACCUCAUGGUCUCCUCCUUAAGGGAGAUGUUUUGCAGCACAUUCAAAAAGAAAAUCUUAAACCAGUUCCAAUUUCUCCUGUUGCAAAACCAAUAAUCUCGUCCAAAACUGCCGUUGCGGAACCUAAAACUGCCAAGCCUGCUACAGUAAAAGUUCAGAAUCUUACGCAUGAGCAAGAAUAUCAGGAUUUGGAGCUCUCAAGCAUGAGGCGUACUAUCGCUAAGCGUCUGACUGCAUCCAAAACAGGAAUAGCCCACGCGUAUAAUACGGUUUCCUGCAAGGUUGAUUCUGUUAUAAACCUCCGGCAAAAGUUUAAAAACGAGGGUAUAAAAUUUUCAAUCAACGACAUCGUCAUCAAGGCAGUUGCCACGGCAUUAGAUUUGUGCCCUGAUGUUAAUGUUAUUUGGAAAGGAGACCAGCUUAUCAAACCGGCGACUGUAGAUAUAUCCGUCGCCGUAGCCACGAAUUCUGGAUUAAUAACGCCGAUCGUGACCGAUGUUCUUGGUCGCGGUGUAUUAGAGAUCGGGGACGUGGUACGAGACUUGGCCGACAGAGCGCGUAUAGGGAAGCUCCAGCUUCACGAAUUUCAAGGAGGAUCUUUCACUAUUUCUAAUCUAGGAAUGUAUGGAAUUAGCGAAUUUAGCGCUAUUAUCAAUCCUCCGCAAUGUGCUAUAUUGGCCGUGGGUGGAAGUCGUCUAGAACUUGGUGAUGACGGCAAACCCAUGACGGUCAUGAGCGCCACCUUAUCGUACGAUGAAGAGGCUAUAUCUCCUGUGGCAGCUGCAACUUUCAUGUCCACGCUACGAAGUUUAUUGGAAUCCCCUCAGAGUCUGCUGUUGGGUCACCGUUCUCUUCCAGCUUAAAAAGAUGGGCAGCCGUUCAAUUUUACAUUGAAUGUUGAAAUUUCGACUUUUAGGAAUGUAAUUACUGUAUUGUUGAGUGUGAAUAACAGUCUUUAGACCUUG